AUGCCACAUGCCUCUCAUGCCAAGCUAAGAAUCUACCUGAUGAGACUAUUGGAAUAUUCCCAAGAAAUCUCGGGAGAGGAUAAGUUCUUGGACAGUCUUUCUGGAAUGCCUAUUCGCUUCACUUAUGGCGAUCUUAGCAGAGCAACUAAAAAUUUCUCCAACAAAAUUGGCCAAGGAGGGUUUGGUUCAGUCUACCUAGGUGUGCUUCCGGAUGGCAUCCAACUGGCUGUGAAAAAAUUGGAGGGCGUUGGCCAGGGGAAGAAAGAGUUUAGAGCUGAACUCACUAUUAUUGGGAAAAUUCGUCAUGUCCAUCUGGUCAAGCUUCAGAGGUUUCUGUGCAGAAGGGCCUCACAGACUUCUUGUUUAUGA